AUGGAGGCCGAGGCCGCGGACGGCCCCGCAGGCGGGGCCGAAGCAGCGCUCAGCUGCUUCUCUUUCAACCAGGACUGCACAUCCCUAGCGAUUGGAACCAAAGCCGGUUAUAAGCUGUUUUCAUUGAGUUCUGUGGAGCAACUGGACCAAGUCCACGGCAGCAAUGAAAUCCCGGACGUGUACAUCGUGGAGCGCCUCUUCUCCAGCAGCCUGGUGGUGGUGGUCAGCCACACAAAGCCGCGGCAAAUGAACGUCUAUCACUUUAAGAAAGGCACGGAGAUCUGCAAUUACAGCUACUCCAGCAACAUCUUGUCCAUAAGGCUGAACCGACAGAGGCUGCUGGUGUGCCUGGAGGAGUCCAUUUACAUCCACAACAUCAAAGACAUGAAGCUGUUGAAGACCAUCCUGGAUGUUCCCGCAAACCCAACAGGUCUGUGUGCCCUCUCUAUCAACCAUUCCAAUUCUUACGUGGCUUAUCCUGGAAGCCUGACCACAGGCGAGAUUGUGCUUUAUGACGGACACUCCCUGAAAACAGUCUGCACGAUCGCGGCCCACGAGGGGACGCUGGCCGCCAUCGCCUUCAACGCCGCGGGCUCCAAGCUGGCGAGCGCUUCUGAGAAAGGCACGGUCAUCCGGGUGUUCUCCGUCCCCGAAGGGCAGAAGCUCUACGAGUUCCGGAGAGGAAUGAAAAGGUACGUGACCAUCAGCUCCCUGGCCUUCAGCAUGGACUCGCAGUUCCUCUGCGCCUCCAGCAACACCGAGACGGUGCACAUCUUCAAGCUGGAGCACCUCGCCAACAGCCGACCCGAGGAGCCUUCGACCUGGAGCGGCUACAUGGGGAAGAUGUUCAUGGCAGCUUCCAACUACCUCCCCGCCCAGGUGUCAGACAUGAUGAACCAGGACAGGGCCUUCGCCACCGGGCGCCUGAAUUUCUCCGGGCAGAAGAACCUCUGCACCCUCUCCACGAUCCAGAAGCUGCCGAGGCUGUUGGUCGCAUCCUCCGACGGACACCUUUACAUCUACAACCUGGACCCUCAGGACGGAGGGGAGUGUGUCCUGAUCAAGACUCACAGGCUACUUGGCUCAGGAACCACGGAAGAGAAUAAAGAAAAUGACCUCAGACCUUCAUUACCUCAGUCCUAUGCAGCCACAGUGGCCAUACCAAGCGCAUCUUCCGCCUCCACGGUGCCAGGUUACUCUGAGGACGGCGGGGCGCUCCGCGGAGAGGUUAUUCCCGAACACGAGUUUGCCACGGGACCAGUGUGUCUUGAUGACGAGAAUGAGUUCCCCCCUAUAAUCUUGUGCCGCGGAAGUCAGAAGGGCAAAGCGAAGCAGUCAUGA